CAAUAAUUCAUACUAUAAAAGCGAUCCAACAGUAGAUGGAUUUACAGAAGUUGAAUAAAGUCCUCCUACAUACAAGAUGGUGACUUACGGGAUAUUUGUAGUGUUUGCAGUCCUUGCCUCAUCACAAGCUUACGAUCCAAAGUUUUUCGAAAAUGCCUUGGAUGUUGGUGUGUACGAACCAAUCUCAUCGUCCAGGAGCUUAAACUGUGGAAACAUCAAGCAUCCACUGGGCUGCACCUUCUCGUCUGACUGCUCCGUCAAAACAUGCAAGGUUAACUUUGUCGGCCUGAUAUUCGAAUUCAAGAUCACCAUCAACAAAUGCGAGAACCCUGCCACUGUCACCAUCAGCUUUAACGUUAAACCACUCAACCUCAAGUUUGCCCACACAUUCCCAUCGGACCAGACCAUUCCAAUCCCAGGCCUUGAAAAUGGCUUUGGCCCUCUUCGAGGUGGAGUUUUUGUCAAGGUCAAUAUGAGACCUGUCAAUGGCAAGCUGAAUGUUGUGAUCCAACUGCAAUGCGGCAUUGCUCUUGGUAACCAGCCAAUUUUCCCGAUAAUCCUUGAUCUUCUUAAAGGACCUCUACCAAUCGAUACCAGCACAUGUGGCGGAGGAGGAGGAGGAGGACUUCCACCUCCACCACCCGGACCACCUGGAGGAGUGUGUAGUGACACGAACCCUCUAUGUACUUUCCUUGCUGGACAGUGUGGUAACCCAAAAAUUGCUGGAAUGUGCAGCCAAAGCUGCAAACGUUGUUAGAUUACGUCAUAUUCACCAUGAUGACAUCAUCAUGUCAUAUCAUGUAGUAUAGUGUCGAAAUAAAAUAUUUAAACUCCG